AGUUUCGUCUUUUUUAAUCUUUGCUCCCCUGACGAAAUCACGCUAUUCAUCUCUGGUCGUUGUUCAAGAGCAAUGGAGACGUACAGGAGACAUGAAACACCUGUCACACUACACACGAUCGGAGGCCUCCGGGAUUCACCGGUGACCAUUAAUGAAAUCCACAAACGAUUCACCGACGAUGAAGAUUCAUUGUCAGUUAAUGACGUUGUGGAGAGAGACACCGGCAGGGCAUCACUGUCCUCACUGGGUGAGCUACAAGAACAGGUGGAAGGGGACGAUGAUGAUGCUGUUGAGACGGGCAGUCAUGAUGGUCUGGGACAGAGGACUCAAAUUGAAAAUUCUGAGCCGGACUCGACAAGAAAUCCGAAUCGUUCAUUCAUGGAUGAGGCGCUACCUGAUCUGCUGCGGAGUGGAAGUCCUCUGCGCAGACGAGUGUCCAGUCCGGUGUCUGCCACGCUGAAGCAUGUGAAAAAGGAGGUAGAAUUAUCUCGGCGACGCAGUCUGAAGCUUAAAGCUCAGGUGGAUAGACUACAACAGCAAAAUGAAAGCGGGCCAGGAUGGAGUCAAAACAAACUCCGGGUCACAGAGGAGGUUGAUUCUGUUGUAAAGCUGCUGCUCCCUCUGACAGACUUGGAGGCUUCGGAUCUGCCCUCUGAGGCAAACCCAUUAGACACUGCAUUGAGACAAUUGCAGAAUGUGGCCCGUAGUCUCGCCCUCAGUCAGGCAAGAGGAAAGCCAGGGAAAGAUGCAGCCAUUUUACAGCAAGCUCUACGAGACAGAGACGAGGCCAUUGCAAAGAAACAAGCAAUGGAGACUGAACUAUUGAGAAGCAAAAAUGAAAUGAUGACACUGAACAACCAACUUUUAGAGGCUGUUCAAAAUCGACUUGAACUCGCCAUUGAGCUGGAAGCCUGGAAAGAUGAUGUGCAGACAAUUCUUCACCACCAGCUCCUCAAACAGCAGAGGGAUGAACAGGCUCAGAAGAAGUCUAGGUUUGGCGUUUUGCGGCGAUCAAAUAAGCCCCUUCCUCCAAAGCCGAAUGUUCCCACCGUGCCAACCCCCGAGUCUAGUCCACGAUCUUCAUCUCCCAACACUUCAGGGACACAGAGGUGGACGGACAAAUUCAAACGUGGCAAAAUCAGCCUGCAGGAUCCUGUUCUUGUGUCUCAGCAGCAAAGGACCAACAGAGAGGACACUUUUCAGGUUGUUUCUCUGGACUGAUGAGCUGGUUCACUGAUAAUAACUGCUGGAUUAUUCUUUGCUGUACAAUUUUACAAUAUGUGUCCAUCGAUUUGCAUCAUAAUAAUAUUUAAAAGAAAAAUCUGAUCCAUGUUUUUGAUUUGCUCCACUGCAAUAAUUACCGAGUUUUGAUAGAUGGUGUUUUGGACAUUAAGAAUUCUGUGGACCUGCAGUUUUGAAUGACAUAUUCAGAAUGUUCUUGUAGCAAAGAAGAAAAACAAUUCACCAUUCAAGACUAAAUUUAUAAAGAUUUAUAUUUGGAAGAAAGCACUGGUGAGGAUUUACACAUCCUUCUGAAAAAAGGGAAAUAUCAUUUUUUAAGAGGUUGCAAAAAAUAUGUAAAUGCAGUACAAAUCACAUGAUCAGGUGAAAAACUUAAAACAUUAUUUAGUAACAUGUUUGCACAGAGAUAUGUUCUGGCAUGUACACAAUACACCCAUUCACAGUGCUCAAAAGAACGCCUCAUACUAGUAAAGCUUGUAAAAUUUCACUUUCAUUUAUGACUUCUGUACAUGUCAAAACAAAACACAGAAUUAAUAAGUAUGACACAAUACUAUCAGUAACAUUAACUUCACUUUCAAAUGAGCGAUACUACAUGAGGACACACAAGUAUAGUGUUUACUUUCUCAUUUACUGUAUAUGGAUACAUAAACAUAUAUAAGUAUUUGUACUAUGACAAAUAUCAAAUACGGUGAUUGUCAAGAUAACAAAUCACAAUUGUAUAUAUAAAUUUCUUUGUACUCUGUAAAUAAGCUAAACAGAUACUGUAUUAAUAAUAGUUAUAAAAUACAAUGCUUCAGUGAUA